AUUGAUGAACACUGGCCAGGCUCAGCCAACUUAGUAUCAAUGAAGGGCAGAUAGUCAUGGGACUUACUGGCUUCCGAGGAAUCAUUUCCCAUGUUAAUUUUGAGAUCUGUAAAGUCUGAACAAACUUUCAGAAAAAAACAGGCCUUACGUGUACUCCAGUCUCCUAAGAAUACCCAAGCCAGGGCAGUAAGAGCUUCCCAGAUGCGACGGGAACCGAAAGCACAGGUCCCUCGGUGCACUAAUUCCAAGGUGCCCUUCCCAAGGCUGCCAUCAGCUUUGGGAUCGGGAUCAUCUGUACUGCACUGGACAAAUGGAUGGUCAUCUCUGCCACUCCAGGUUCAGGGAUCUGAAAAACUUCCAUCAUCCCAUCAGCUAUUCAGGAACAGCUCAAAAAAAGGCAUGGCCCUGCAACUUGAAGCAAGGAGGCCCAGAAUUCCAAGAGAAACACCCAAGUUCAUUAGAUGUGUAAAAGGAACCCAGUGGGGCACAAUGGGCCCCUGCUGGUACCUCACAUCGGGUCUGGGUCCAUUGGGUGGUCCUGGUUAUGAAGAACGAAGACCCUUCCUUGCCUCAGAAUGUACUGAGUUGCCCAAAGCUGAGAAGUGGAGACGACAGAUCAUUGGAGAGAUCUCUAAAAAAGUGGCUCAAAUUCAGAAUGCUGGUUUAGGUGAAUUCCGAAUUCGGGACCUGAAUGAUGAAAUUAACAAAUUGCUAAGAGAGAAAGGACACUGGGAGGUCCGGAUAAAGGAGCUGGGUGGUCCUGAUUAUGUAAAAGUUGGCCCUAAAAUGCUGGAUCAUGAGGGCAAAGAAGUCCCGGGAAAUCGAGGUUACAAAUACUUUGGAGCAGCAAAAGAUUUGCCUGGUGUUAGAGAGCUAUUUGAAAAAGAACCUCUUCCUCCUCCAAGAAAGACACGUGCUGAGCUCAUGAAGGCAAUUGAUUUUGAAUACUACGGUUACCUAGAUGAAGAUGAUGGUGUUAUUGUGCCUUUGGAACAGGAAUAUGAAAAGAAAUUCAGAGCCCAGUUAGUGGAAAAGUGGAAAGCAGAGAGAGAGGCUCGGCUGGCAAGAGGAGAAAAGGAAGAGGAGGAGGAAGAGGAGGAAGAAAUCAACAUCUAUGCUGUCACGGAGGAGGAGUCUGAUGAGGAAGGCAGCCAGGAGAAAGGAGGCGAAGAUGAGCAGCAGAAGUUCAUCGCCCAUGUCCCUGUGCCGUCGCAGCAAGAGAUCGAGGAGGCACUUGUGCGAAGGAAGAAGAUGGAACUCCUCCAGAAGUAUGCAAGUGAGACCCUGCAGGCCCAGAGCGAAGAGGCCAAAAGACUCAUGGGAUAUUAGGGCUGAGUGAGGGUGCUCCCUGGGUCUGGAAACCUGUCGGGAGUUCUUCAGCCCCAGCUGGCCCUUGCAUUAACCUACAGGGUUCUGCUGUCCUGGGACUACAGACUGGCAGGCUAGUGCGGCAAGGCUCCCUGCUUCUUCUUACCAUUCGUUCUUUUACCUUUUCUUACCUCAGCUAUGGUCUCGGGGGAGGAGUCUGUCCCACCCCUCCCUUGCAGGCUGCCUACAUGCUAUCAGUUUAGCUGUCACCUUUGUACAAAUGUUUUGCUACUGUAUGACCCACUUAUUUUUAUAUUGAAUGUGUAAAACAGGCUGCUAACUGGCUGCCUGUAAGUGUUUUAUUUAACCUUUAACUGCCAUUUGGUGGGGAGGGUGAUCAGUUAGUGACCACCAUUAAAAAAAUGAAGUUUUUCCUAACCAGACA